AUGAAUUCCUAUGAUGAGCAAAAUCCAGAUGAAUCUGGUUGUAAAUUACUAGACUCUUUUGCAAUAUUUGUUCAGCUUGUGCUAGCAACGUUGGCCUUUUCAACACUCAUCAUCAAACGUCAAAGAGAGUCACCGCAAAGACCAUUGCAAACAUGGUCGUUUGAUGUCAGCAAGCAGAUUAUAGGUGGCGGUGUCAUUCAUACACUCAACUUGGUGGCAUCACAUUUGUUUGGAAAGAGUCUAGAUGGAGAGCCAGAAUCAAAUCCUUGUGUAUGGUAUUUUUUGAACAUCUUGGUGGACACAACGUUGGGUGUGCUGGUCAUCUGGGGCGUGUUAUCAGCAGUAAAGUUCUUUGCAAGAUUCUAUAGACUCAAGGGAUUCCAGAGUGGUGUCUAUGGAGAACCACCUUUAGUGAAUCAAAUCAAAGUGUGGGCCAAGCAACUUGGCGUGUAUGUCUUGGCACUGGUGGCCAUGAAGGUGGUGGUUGUCAUUCUGUUUGGGCUAUGCCCAUGGCUAGAGACAGUUGGUGAGUGGGUGUUGGGAUGGACCAUGGGAAACUAUAGACUUCAAGUGCUGUUUGUCAUGCUAGUAUUUCCUUUGGUAAUGAAUAUUGUGCAAUUCUGGGUUGUAGAUACCAUUGUCAAGCACAAGACAGUCAGACCUAUUCAACUGGAUCUGGAUGAAGAAGCAUUACCAGAUGAUAUGCUGAUUUCUGAUGGAGAAUACAACGCUACAGAUGAUUCAUCGUUCUUUCAUGAUCAUGGCAGCGAAGAAGAUGACGCUACUUCAAUAUCAUCUAUCAAGAUUCAACACACGAGUGCCACCAAAGCAAAUCUACACCGUACUUUGUCUGAUCAUGGCUCGAUAUCAGAUGAAAGCUUGUAUGAACUACGCACGAGCACCAAUCGUCCCAACUAA